CUUCCUGCUAGUCCAUUCAAUGCAGCCCAGCUCAGAUUAGGCCUUUCAGUUACAAAACAGUUUUAUGAGGCUUGUUUCUAUAUUAUAAUGUAGGUGACAGGGGUAGUAACCUCACCACCUCAUAGAAUGGUAAAAGUCCUGUAAAUGGUAAAAGUCUGCCUUGCUUAAGAGUGCGCAGCUGUGAGAGCGGCUGACCAGUGUAUGUGGAGAACGGCACUAGGCCUACAACACUGGGACGUGGCCACCAGGGGGUGCCAAAAUGAACAGUGAGCCGCUGGAGUCCGAUGGGGGCUCGGGGCAGGAUGAGGGUGACUUCAACUGGGACGAUUUCCUGGAGGAGAAUGGGUUGUUGGCGGUGCCCCACCAUGCUUUCAAACAUGUGGACCUCAGCCUGCAGACCGGCCUCACCCCGGGCAUGAAGCUGGAGGUGCGAGUUCGGGGAGAACCCGACGGGGGCUACUGGCUCGCCACCAUCAUCACCACCUGCAGCCAGCUGCUGCUCCUGCGCUACGAGGGUUACCAUGACGACCGCCGCGCCGACUUCUGGUGUGACAUCAUGACCGCUGACCUGCACCCCGUUGGCUGGAGUCGACAGCACGGGCAGCCAAUGAAACCGCCUGAAGGCGUGCGGGAGAAGCACGAGGACUGGGAGUCUCUCCUGGAGACAGCCCUGUCAGAGGCUUGCAGUGCCCCUGCCAACCUGCUAGAGGGGCCCCAUCGAGGUAAGAACCCGUUGGACCUGCUGGCUCCGGGUUCGAGCGUGGAGCUGCAGGACGGCGAGGACCCGGGGGUGGCUUGGGUGGCGGUGAUUGAGGAGAACGUGGGGGGUCGUCUGCGCCUGUGUUACGCUGGAGCCGAGGGGCUUCCCCAAAAGCAUGCGAGGCGCUGGGUCUUCUACCUGCACCCCUUCCUGCACCCUCUGGGCUGGGCAGAGGAGCACGGCUGCUCACUGGCUCCACCUGCCGCAUUGCGGGGACUUCGCAGCGAGGCAGAGUGGGAUGAGGUUCGACAGAGCAUCAGCGCGCAGCCGCAAGACUUAGCCAUCACCGAGGACCUCUUUAAGGACAGGCCAGCCAUAUCCACCCACUGCUUCACUGAAGGGAUGAAGCUGGAGGCGGUGGACCCUUCCUCCCCCUACUGCAUCAGUCCCGCAACAGUCACCAAGGUGUUCAGCGACAAGUUCUUCCUGGUGGAAAUGGAUGACCUGCGGGGGGAGAAGGGAGGGGCAGGGCGUGGCACCUCCUUCCUGUGUCACCAUGGCAGCGCUGGGAUCCUCCCUGUCCAGUGGAGCCUCAAGAAUGGGGUGCAGCUCAACCCCCCACCGGGAUACCAGGGUCAGGACUUUGACUGGGCGGAUUACCUGAAAAAGUGCGGAGCAGAAGCCGCACCCCAACACUGCUUCCCCACAGAGGACUGCGAGCACGACUUCGUGGAGUCGAUGAUGCUGGAGGCCGUCAACCCCCUCUCCCCCGAGCACGUUCACGUGGCGGUGGUCACCAGGGUCAGAGGUCAGCACGUCUGGCUUCGUCUGGAAGGGGUGAAACAGGCCAUUCCUGAGCUGAUCGUCCAUGUGGACUCUAUGGACAUUUUCCCCGUCAGCUGGUGUGAGACCAACGGCUACUCGCUCCAACACCCCUCCAAGCCCCAAGUUCAGAAGCAGAGGCGCAUUGCAGUGGUACAGCCUGAAAAGCACAGAGCUCCACCCAGGGCCACGCCUCCUGACGCAAUAAAGCAGCCAGAAAACGGCCAAUCGGACGGCGCAGGACAGGGCAAUGGGAAGUACUGCUGCCCCAAAAUCUACUUCAACCAUCGCUGCUUCUCUGGGCCCUACCUGAACAAGGGCCGCAUUGCCGAGCUUCCUCAGAGCGUCGGCCCUGGGAACUGCGUGUUGGUCCUGAAAGAGGUGCUGACUCUCCUGAUUAAUGCGGCCUACAAGCCCAGCCGUGUGCUGCGGGAGCUGCAGCUGGACGAGGAGUCUCGCUGGCAGGGUCACGGGGAGACGCUCAAGGCCAAGUACAAGGGGAAGAGCUACCGGGCCACGGUGGAGAUCGUGCGCACCGCGGACCGGGUGGCCGACUUCUGCAGGAAGACCUGCAUCAGGCUGGAGUGCUGCCCCAACCUGUUCGGACCGCGCAUGGUCCUGGAGCGCUGCUCGGAAAACUGCUCUGUGCUCACCAAGACCAAAUACACUCAUUAUUAUGGUAAAAAGAAGACCAAGCGGAUUGGACGGCCACCAGGGGGACACACUAACUUGGAGGGCGGGGUGAAGAGAGUAGGAAAGAGGAGGAAAAGGAGGAAGCAUUUCUUCGUCCACAAAAAGAAGCGAUCCGCCUCGCUGGACAACACUCCUGCUGGCUCCCCACAGGGAAGUGGCGAGGAGGAGGACUUGGACGAGGACGAUUCGCUGAGCGAGGAUUCGGGCUCCGAGCCGCAGGACGAGCUGCUGGACGAUUCGGAGCACUCGGAGAAGAAGUCUCAGCCCCCCUCGCCCACCCCCACGGACCCCGGCCGCCGCCCACGCCGCCGCCGCAAGGCCCCCUCGCCGUCCUACUCCGACAACGAGAACCGGCCCCCUUCACCAAAGAGCCCAAGGGCUGAGGUGCCAGAGAAGCUGCUCUUGGACAGCAGUCCGUUGGAGUGGAGCGUGGCAGAUGUGGUGCGCUUCAUAAGGACCACUGACUGCUCCCCACUGGCACGCAUAUUCCUGGACCAGGAGAUUGACGGACAGGCCCUGCUGCUACUGACCCUGCCCACAGUUCAGGAGUGCAUGGGCCUCAAGCUGGGCCCAGCCAUCAAGCUGUGCCACCAUAUCGAGAGAGUAAAGCUGGCGUUCUACCAGCAGUUUGCAAGCUGAGGGCGCCAGGGAGGCCUGUGACCCACACCGGUACCUGUGCCAGGAGCGGAACUCGCGCCGAUCCGGUUUCCUCCUGGAUCCUGGAGAGACACGCAGCUUCAUCAGUGUAGUUCCCUUCCCAUGGCCUCAUUCUUUCUCGCUGCUGCAGUGUGGACUUUUUUGUUUCAUCAGCUUUGGAGACGAAACGGUUAAUUCAAGAAACUAAGCACAAGAACUGAAAUUGAAGGGAAUUUAAUGGGGAAGUUAGGUAUUUGAUAUGCAGGGUAUGUAUAGUGUAAUGAUGUGUUUUUUUUCCUUGUAUAUAUGCUUUACUUGUAAUUGGCUCUUUAACAUUUGAAAAGUAUUUGUUUAUUUCAGGACAAACUACUUUUUAAUUAAUUUGUUAUACAGUUUUCAUAUAGAUUGUUCCAGGAGUGGCCUCUUUAUUUGAAACAGCCAACACCAGAUCCACUGUUUGUUAUAAUCAAAUUACAUAUGUGUGGUUUUUGCAUUCAUUGGUCAAAGUCAUUGUAAAAACAUAAAACAUCCCUCUCUCUCUUCUUGGUACUUUCCCCCCCUGCAGCUGUGACACGAACAAUUGUUAAGAAUAACAAAGGACUGCCAAAACCUAACCAGAUACAAGAAUGUGUUUAUCCACUUUAAAUUGGACUUAAUGUGAACAAAUGCUGACAUGAGAAUACCCUGUGUUGAUCUUUGGAUGACAAAAGCUUUUCCAUACAGCUCUUCUAUAUAGAUUUUCUAUCUUAUGAAAUGCUAUUAAUGUCUAUACAAUGCAAUAAUAUUGACUGGAAGGAAAAAGGCAAAGAGUAUCUGAUAAUUGACACAUGGAUUUUAUUGAUUUUUGUUGCAUUUGACUUUGCAUUUGUCUUUUGUUCAUUUGGAAAAGGGCACAAAGUGAAUGAACUAGGAAGUGUUCGGAUUGCAGAAUUGCUGUCAAUUCAACCAUACACUUGUGACUAGGUUGAGUCUGUCCUUCUACUAUUUCAGAGAUCUGUUUAUAAGCUACAGCAGCAAUAUUCAGGCUUUCUCUGGGAGAACGGCACCGUGAGCACAUUUUUGUUGUUAUUCAGCACUUAAUUGAUAAAUUAAAGUAACUGCUUACACCGUUAACUUGCCUCCACCAUUAACUCAAAAGUGGUUUUUGAUUUUAAAACAAAAACCAGCCGCUGUGCCGUUCUCCAGGGGCAGGAGUGAAUACUCCUGCUCGUUUUGUUAGAUUGACUGUGUAUCUGUGCUGGCAGCAGUUUUUGUUACAAUACUGAUUGGGUGGUGGGGGUGGAUGGUAAACUUUUAGCUUCAGAAAGAGCCCAGGCAUUUUUAUUGACCAGGGAAGAUGGCAGCAUUUGGUAUGACCGUGCAGUAGUGGCCUGGUUGCACACAAUGUGACCAGAGAUGCAGUUGUGCUGCUGUGGGGCUGCAGGCUCUGGCUUUGCCUGAGUCUAGCUUGAUUCCAGGUCUAAAGUGUUAAAGGGCAGGGCUCCCAUGUAAAGCACUGGCAGAUUAAAAUUUUGUGUAUUUUUAGAGAGAAGAACUCCUAUUUCUGAGUUGUAGUUACCCUUUGGAUCCAGUUCAUAAAGACCUAAUGUCAAGUUAAUUUACUACUAAUCUUUUUGGGAGUUGUGUGACAUUUCCCAAAUCGUAUGAGCGGUCUCUCCAUUAAAAUGAGUUAAGCAAUUGAUGAUAACCUUGUGAAUAACCCCUGUGUUACAUGUUCUCUCUGCUGAAGAAAUAUGACAGUGUUUGUUCAGGCAGAAGAGUUGCAGAAACGGAACAAUCAAAAAAUAUGCAAUACAACUUGCAGUAUCGCUAAUGUUUUCAUUCAAUACAUCUUGGUUUAGUAACGUGGAUGAUAAGGUUUUUCUUUCUUUUUAAUGGAUCCAUUUAUUUGUGCAUGAUUGUGUCUUACUGUUGUUUGCUAAUUUUACAUUCCACCCACUUGUCGAGUGGUUUGUGGAGUUUUUUUUUUAACCAAAAUUCAAGUUUGUUGUUUUUCCAGUGAUGCGCUUUGUCUUUUUUUUUGUCAAUUCUAAGUUCCCACACUGUUUGCCUUCAUGGUCCUAUUCUGUUAUGUAAGGUUGAUAAGGAGUGCAAAUGGAGAAACAAAGUGAUUUGAUUGUUAUUGGUUUGUGUAUGUAAAGCAAAUUGUAUAUACGUUUGUGGAAUAUAAUUAAUAUUUAAAACCAAAAGACAAUAAAAAAUGAAUCUCA